AUGGAAAACAGCACAGAGAAUAAUGACGAACUUCUACGGAAAGCACAAUGGGGAAUUUUUAUGAGACUACUACCUGUCACGGUGACACUGUGGACACUGGUACUUAUUGGUAUUACUGAUAAUCUUGUGUUCAAAUGGGAAACAACACAGAGAAUAACGAUGAACUUCUACGGAAAGCACAAUGGGGAAUUUCUAUCCGGCUACUACCUGUCAUGGCUGUUGGUAACAUUUGAUACUGUGAAUGUAAAUGUUACCGUUCCAAACAUGGACGAGACUGUUGUUGGGAGUUACUGUGCUGCACGCGAAGAACAGGAGUAUAAACUGGUCGGUCUAGUUUUCUAUAUUAUUGAUUUUAUACUGAUAUUAAUGAUUUGGAUAACUGUGGUGGUAACAUAUUCAAAAAUUAUAUAUACCAUAGUCAGAAGAAGAAUUUUAAUGGGUAUUGUCUCCAAUCGUUCACAAAGAGAACAAAGAGUGACAGAACCAAGAAAAAUGAACGGAAUAUGUUCUGUAGAUGAAGACGAAAAUACUAAUUCUGUAAACUAUUAUAAUAGCAGAGACAUUAAUACUUCAAAAUUUGAUGACAGGUCAUUAUCUGAUAGCAAUACACACGAAACACAUAAGAAUGUUAUAGCCAAAUCUAACGUUGAGCAAAGAAAACAGGAGGUAAACAGUUCAGCCAGCCAAACGAAGAAACCAACUUUUGAAUUUACGAGUGCCAAGAAACCAUCAGAAUUGAAUCUGACGCUAAUGAUGAUUACAGUGUCAAUGAUUUUUAUUCUUUGUUUAACUCCUUACUUUGUAAUAAGAAUCUUUAUAAGAAUUGUUCUUGUUACUGGAAAUGAGUAUGAUUUUAGUGCUGGAAUUCAGUUUGCUUUAAAACUACCGUAUUUAAACAGCGCUUUCAACCCAGUCAUUUACUGCAUUUUCAAUCCAAAAUUCAGGCGUUACAUAAAAAUGUGGUUUGGUAAAUUCUCCUUUGGUAAGAAGUCUGUGAACGCAAUAAAAGUAUAG